ACACUCCCCCACACACACACACUCACUCACACACACACACACACACUCACUCACACACACACACACACACACACACAAACACACACACGCCCCCGCCCCCGGCGCAGCAGGGAAGUUGAGGAAAACGAAACCGAGGUUCGCAGGACGCGCCGGCAGUCGCUUUACGCAUGGAGCCCGAGCAGGGCCGUUGCCGCGGCGGCCUCCGGGCCGUGGCAGGUGCGAGGACACGACGUCAGGGGAGAGGACGAGCCUCGGCCCGCACACUCUCCACGCUGCUGCUGCUGCUGCUCGCCUGCUGCGUCAGGUGUGCGGGAGGGGCCCAACCGAGCAACGUCGUGCUCAUCCUGGCCGACGAUCAGGAUGUCCACCUGGGCGGGAUGACCCCUAUGAAGAAAACAAAAACCUUGAUAGGAGAUGCAGGAGCAACAUUUGUGAACGCUUAUACAGUCACGCCACUGUGCUGCCCCAGCAGGAGCAGCAUUUUGACGGGUCUGUACCCCCACAACCACGAGGUGAGGAACAACUCUCUGUCUGGGAACUGCUCCAGUCCUCUGUGGCAGAAAGGUCCCGAAUCCGAGGCCCUCCCUGUUUACCUGAGCAAACAGAAAUACCAGACAUUCUUCGCUGGAAAAUAUCUUAACCAGUAUGGUAAGAAAGAUGCAGGAGACGUCAGCCACAUUCCUCCUGGCUGGGACCAGUGGCAUGCAUUGGUGGGGAACUCACAGUACUACAACUACACGCUGUCAGUCAACGGCAAAGAAGAAAAGCACACUGACAGUUAUGAAAAGGACUACCUCACCGACCUCAUAGCGAACCGGUCCCUUAAAUUUUUGGAUGACAGGAGCCCUCAGCAUCCCUUCUUCCUGAUGUUGUCUCCUCCGGCUCCUCAUUCCCCUUGGACGGCAGCGCCUCAGUACCAGAAUGACUUUGGCGAUGUUAAAGCCCCUCGAGACGGGAGCUUUGACAAACCAGGGAAGGACAAACACUGGCUGCUGCGCCAGCCUAUCAACCCCAUGCCAAAUAGCUCAUUGACCUUCCUGGAUAAUGCAUACAGGAAAAGGUGGCAGACUCUGUUAUCUGUGGACGACAUGGUGGAGAUGCUGGUCAAGAAACUUGAGAGUAUAAAGGAACUGGACAACACGUACAUCUUCUACACCUCAGACAAUGGCUACCACACAGGUCAGUUCUCUCUUCCCAUUGAUAAGAGGCAGUUGUAUGAAUUUGACAUCAGGAUCCCGCUCUUGGUCCGCGGCCCUGGCAUCAAACCAAACCAGACACUGCAGGCUCCAGUAUUGAAUAUUGACCUGACUCCGACCAUACUGGACAUAUCUGGUGUCAACUUGUCUUCUGUAAACGUGGAUGGGCAGUCUUUCCUCGGUCAGAUGGCUCCCUCACUGCGCAAUGGCAGUGCACGUCCCUUUUUCCUGGUUGAAUACACUGGAGAGGGACAUCCAACAACAGAUCCCGCUUGUCCCAAAUUAGGCCCUGGACUAUCUCAAUGUUUCCCGGACUGUGUGUGUGAAGAUGCCUACAACAACACCUACGCCUGCGUCCGGACCCUCGACAGUGAAAACAACCUCCAGUACUGCGAGUUUGCCGACAGUGAGUCAUUUGUAGAGGUGUACAACCUGUCGUCAGACCCCCACCAGCUGGAGAACAUUGUGAAGAAGGUGGAUCCAGCCCUCCUGCAGGCGAUGAACCAGCGGCUCAUCAAGCUCCAGUCCUGUGUUGGGGACAGCUGCCGUGACAUCAAGUAAAGAAGAGGCCGCUGAGCGGUUUACAUUCUCCAAGAAGCUGUCAAACACCACUACACCACACUUACUUUUGCACCAAAUCAGCUCUAGUUCUUUAACCGCUUACGCUUCAGGAUUCUUGGAACCCAGGGAACCCUCCCACAAGUUUUGGGUUGAAUCGUUGAACUAAAGGAUGCAUCAUUAUAGUGCACAACAAAAGUAAUCAGUGUUUAAAAAAUGGUGGAUCACACCAUCACAUGACCCCUUCAUUGUUUUCUUCCUCAUCUUUUAUUUCCAGCCAGUAGAGUAUGAAACGUCCAAUGACAUCAUCAUGGUUCACCCUAGAACGAGUUAUGAGAACAUAAUAUAAUAACCACUCACGCGUUUCAAGUGGUUAGCUUAGCUUAGCACGAGGACUGGCAAUAGAGGGAAACAGAUAUGUCCAAAGGCAACAAAAUCCACCUACCAGCACCUCUGCAGUUCCCUGAUAACACGUGACAUCCUGUUUGUUUAUUCUGUACAAUAAACAGAAGUGUAAAAAUUACACAUUGCAGUUUUAUGAAGGUUUAUCUGUUUUGGCCAGGACAUAAACAGGAAAGAACCCUUGUGAAAAUUGGAUUUGUCAUUUUUAUCCUUACGUUUUUUGUACAGAACCCUCAAACAGAAAGCAAUUAAGUGUAUUUCUCCAAAUGAUUUUUUUAAAGCUAUGCUUAUAAUAUAUUACAAUACGCUUUCAUGUGUUGUAUGUCAUAUUGGACUUCCUCAUACCAUUGUCAGUCAGUCAGUCAGUGGUUUUUUGCCCAGUGUAUUGGAAGAUUAAUACCACUCAUGUUCUUCCAUUUCAUAUAAAGCUACCUCCAUGGUUAGCGUAGCCUAGCAGAAAAUGUAAUGGAGGGAAACUGCUAGCUUGGCGCUGUCCAAAGCUGACUACGUCCACCCACCAGAAACCGUUCACUAGUGUAUAUGUUUCGUCAUAUUAGUUUAAUUUGUAUAAAAACUCAUUUUACAGUUUUACUGAGGCUCACGGUAUGUGUGGUUCUAUUUCUUGAGCUGGGACAAAACCCAGCAUGAAAACCUCAACUUUUAAUUUUGAAGCAAAAAUGACAUGAACCAGAUAUAAAAUGAAAAAAUAUCUGUGAGCCUUACAGCUUCUGGUGUUUGAACCGAGCCAAGCCAGCCGUUUUCCUAGGUUUCCAGUAUUUACGCUGGGCUAAGCUAACAGCUGCACAGAUGUAAGAAUUGUAACUAACUACUCUACCUUUGGGCAAGAUUUCCCAAAAUAUCAGAAUAUUCCUUUUUACUAAACCUACAGCCUUUUUGUUUGUCUGUUUUUUGCUGUCAUGUUGAUAAUUGAUUCAAAUUUAUGCAGCCAUUUCAGUAAAAGAUGUUUAAAUUAAGUCUUUAAAGAAUGGACAACAUUUUGUGUGUUCAGCUAUUUCUCCAGUUUUGUGCCUCCGAUUUAAAAAAAAUUGAAACUUUAAUCUUGAGUAUUAGUGAUAGUAUUAUUGAAGAGCCGUGUGGAAGAAGGAAAAAGUGCCUUGUGUGUUUUUGUGAGGAAUUCAUCAAGGGAAAUUUCACCUGGUCUUGUGUGCUUUUUUAUUUGCACUGACCAAGAGCAUGUGCCUUAAAUGUGAAUGUAUUUGCACUGUGAUGAAACUGAUUCAAAAUAAAAAAGAACUUUUAAAUGUA